AUGCAUUUCAAUUCAUUGGCACCAGUCCUAGGCUCUUUGGCCAUCGCCUCUCUCGUUUCAGCUGUUCCUGUCGAGAAGCGCGGCUCAGUCUUCUAUGGCGACCGAACUCAUCAUCUUAAGGAAUACCAAGCCAAUCAACCGUCAAGCUCUGCAUCGGCCAGCAACGGCUACUACACACCCAGCGCAACUGGCGGUGCUCCUCCCCAACAGACAUCCGGUCCUGCGACCCCUUCUUCGCCGGCAAGCCAGGGCUCAAACCCUUUCAAGUUCCCUCUCCAGAAUGGCUUUCCCAAUAUUCAGAACCCUUCUGCGGCUCUGACACAGAUCGAGCAACAGGCUCACGGUCUUCUUCCUAAUGGACCACCACCUCCAUCUGCCCCAGCUGCCGAUGACCUCACAUCUCUUCGAUUGAUCGCAUUCAACGAGUUAUUCGAGGUUGCCUACUUCACGGAGCUCCUGGCCAACGUCACCAACAACCUCCCCGGUUACCAAUUCCAAGACCAAAACCAAAGACAGACGGUCAUCGAAGCUCUUACUGCCAUCCAAGCCCAAGAGGAACUCCAUCAGCUCAACGCCAACGGCGCCCUGGCUCACUUCAACGCCGGUCCGAUCCAGCCAUGCCUGUACAACGCGCCGGUGGACAACUUCCAAGAUGCCAUCGCUUUGGCUUCCACUUUUACUGAUGUCGUCCUCGGAACCCUGGGUGACGUGCAAGUCCACUUUGGCCAGAAUGGAGAUGCUGGUCUGAUCCGAGGUGUUGCUGCUGUUAUCGGUCAGGAAGGCGAACAGAACGGUUUCUUCCGCGAACUGCUCGGCGAGAUACCCAGUCAAGCUCCUUUCCUGACUGCCUCUGCUCGAGAAUUCGCCUUUUCUGCGUUGAACCAAAACUUUGUCAUCCCCGGAUCCUGCCCCAAUGCCAACACCAUUGCUCUCCCUGUCUUUGGCGCGCUUGCUCUGGAAACACCACAAGUCCAGGCCCAGGACCAGCAACUCCAAUUCUCCUUCCAGGCCACCGGUCAAUACAGCCAAUAUGCCAGCGGCCAGGGUUUGAGCUUGGUGUAUAUCAACCAGCAGAACGUCCCUGUUGUUGUGCCUAUCCAAGGAGCACAGAACAACGGAGGCAAAGUCACUUUCUCCGCCAACUUCCCAUUCUCGGAGAACCUGAUGUUCGGUCUCACCAUUGCGGCUGUCACUUCCAACGCUGGGCCUUUUGCCGAUGCUGAUGCCGUGGCAAAGGCGACCUUGUUCGGACCUGCUUUGAUUGAAAUCCAGUAA